CUGUAGACUGUCCUCUCCUCCCUAGGCUGAGGCAGAAGUUGCAUCCUUGAAUCGCCGUAUCCAACUGGUAGAGGAAGAGCUGGACCGUGCCCAGGAGCGUCUUGCCACGGCGCUGCAGAAGCUGGAGGAGGCGGAGAAAGCAGCAGAUGAGAGUGAAAGGGGCAUGAAAGUGAUUGAAAACAGAGCCCUGAAGGAUGAAGAGAAGAUGGAACUGCAGGAGAUCCAGCUGAAGGAGGCCAAGCACAUCGCAGAAGAGGCCGACAGGAAGUAUGAGGAGGUUGCCCGGAAGCUGGUGAUCAUUGAAGGAGACUUGGAGCGCACUGAAGAGAGGGCUGAGCUUGCAGAGUCUAAAUGUUCCGAGCUGGAGGAGGAGCUGAAGAAUGUCACCAACAAUCUCAAGUCUCUUGAGGCUCAGGCUGAGAAGUACUCUCAAAAAGAGGACAAAUAUGAAGAGGAGAUCAAGAUCCUGACAGACAAACUCAAGGAGGCGGAGACUCGUGCAGAAUUUGCUGAACGAUCAGUAGCCAAACUGGAGAAGACCAUUGAUGACUUGGAAGAUAAACUGAAAUCCACCAAAGAGGAGCAUCUCUGCACGCAAAGAAUGCUGGACCAGACCCUGCUUGACCUGAACGACAUGUAAAGACCCUGCCAUUGCCUCUGCCCCACACAGCGGUUUGCUGGGGGCCAGCCCAGCCAACGCUGCCCUCUAACCCCACGGGUCCUUCUCUUGCCAGGCCAACCAAGCCAACUUCUGCCAAGCCUCCUGAGGGUUAAAGGUCAUCUGGUUGGGCAGAGCUUAAACAGCAUCAUAAGGGAAAUGCAACCAAUGCAGUAAUGUCUGGCGAAGGUGUGAGAUGUACACGUUUUGUAACGAUCUUUUGUAGCAAUUGUAAACAUUCCAAAUAACGGGCUCACAAGCUGCACCGUGAGCUGUUGGCUCUUCAAAUUUGAGAUUAACCUCUCCUGCUCAUCAGCGCUGCUCCCUUUGCCGGCGCUGGGGGGGAAGCAGCAGUGGGGGGAUGGUGCUAGCUCUGGCUGCUGAGUUAGAGUAGCCAGGCUGGGCGUGCAAGCUCUUGCCACGAUCUCUUCUGCAGGGCCCUCACGCUGCCCUGUCUGAUCUAGGUCUCUGGCAGGAGCACCUGCCCCCGAAAAAGGCAUUCAGUCUCAGCUGUGAGGUUGCUCUCCUUGCAUUGCAGAGCCUUGGCGCACAGAGCAGGCUGGCUUGCUUUCUCUAAGACCAAACCUCUUCAGAGAAGACUCGUGAAUGGCAGAAUUAGUCAGGCGUCUUGUCCUCCUGCGUGCCACUUGUUCUCCCCUCGGGCCACAGGAUGCCGACAGCCUGCCCCCCUCCCCCCGGCUGCCCCUGGGGGCAUGUCUGCCUUCACUAAGUGCUACUGCACAGAGCUUUAUCACUUGUGGCUGGUUGUAACAGCUUGUGUAAAAGUGCCCUGUGCAUGCAGAGCUUUGCUUACACUGAGGGGAUGCUGCCAGCCGCCUGCCCCAGGAGCGCGCUCUUGUCUUGCAGCAGGUCCCAGCCCCUGUGCAGCGCGGUGGCACAGUGUGCUGGGUGAUUUGCAUUGUGUUGCGGAGAGGCAUGGUGGUUGUAGGGGCCAGCUGGAGGAAUUCCCAUAUCAGGUGUUUUGAUACAAAAAUUGACAACUGUCUUCUAUUGUCUUUUGAAAUAAAAGAACCAUUCCCGCCA